AUGGAGAUUGCCGCAGCAGCAAGUGCGAUAGACUUUUUAAUUUUUGAUGAAGAAGACGAAGAUGAUGACAUAAUUAUGUUGGAGAUGAUACAAAUACAAGCAGUGAAUAGAGAAGAUAGGAUAAAGUCUCUUCAAUAUUUUGAAUAUACUGUUCCAAACUAUUUGCCAGAUUCAUUUAAACAGUUUUUCAAAGUCAAUCAUGAAACCAUUGAAUUACUAUGUCAGACUUUGGGUCAAUACCCAGCAUUACUGCCUCGAGCUAUUCCUGGGGGCAGAUCUGAAAUUCCUCUUCAGAAGAAGGUUUUAAUGACUAUGAGGUAUUUAGUUUCCCAAGAAACAAUUAAAGAAUUGAGUGAUCGAUUUGGAGUGACAGAACAUAGUUUUAUUCGUUGUAAAAGACAAGUUAUUGAGACAAUUUGUGAUAAUCUGCUUUCAAAAUUUAUUGUAUGGCCACAAAAUAAUGAUUUUCAGCCCAUAUCACAGAGAUUUGAUGAUAUCGGAACACGCAAUUUUCCAGGCAUUUUAGGAGCAAUUGAUGGUAGCCAUAUUCAAAUUGAAGCACCAUCACAUAAUCCAAAAUCUUACUUCAACAGAAAGCAGUUUCACUCAGUGGUGCUUCAAGGUGUUUGUACCGAAGAUUUGAAAUUAAUUGACAUAAAUGUAGGCUGGCCGGGACGUGUCCACGACGCCAAAGUAUUUAGAAAUUCAGGUUUAUAUGAAAAUGGAUUCCAGAAAUGUGGCAAUGGUCGCUAUCAUCUAUUGGGAGAUGCAGCAUAUCCUUUAAAAGAAUGGCUCUUAACGCCAUACAGAGACAAUGGACAUUUAUCACAACAGCAAACUCGUUUUAAUGUUGCAUUGUCAUCAAAACGCCAGGUGAUUGAAAGAUGUUUUGGCAUGCUCAAAGGAAGAUUUAGAAGACUAAAAUACAUUAACAUGAAAUCCAUGAGAGAAAUUUGUCAGACAAUCAUUGCAUGCUGCAUUUUGCACAACAUAUGCAUUAUUGAACAGGAUAUUAUUGAGGAAAUCUUAAAUGAUGUAGUUGUUCCAGCUCAAAAUUUUGUACCUGGUAUCGCUGGAUUAUUUGAGAAUGAUGCUCAAGGCCAAUUGAAAAGACUGAACAUUACAAACAGAAUGUAAAUCGCCUAACAUGGA